GGAAUAGAGGUGCAUUACAUUUCAAGCGGCGGAUCACUUGACCGAGUAUCCGCGGAUGUCGGCUCACAUGACCGCAGUGUGUGUUCGUUGUGUGUGGAUGUGUGGUUCGUUGUGUGUGGAUGUGUGUGUUCGUUGUGUGUUCGUUGUGUCUGGAUGUGUAUAUCUGUCUCCUCUUCAGCAUGGUCGGCUACAUCGCAGCGAUGGUACGAUUACGUCACUGCGUCAGCGCCCGUGGAUCGUUGCGUCGGGACGGGGGAACGGAACUGCUGUCGGGUUGACGAAUAACUGGAGAUGAAGGAGAAAGAUGGAGCUGAAACAGUGGGUUUAGAAUCGUGUCGGUAAAUUGGCGACAGCACACCUCCACGUGGCCUUGCCCCGAAGCAAAUGGUGUACGAGGACGCGCUGAGGAAGAGCUUUCAUCGCGGUGAGGUAGCGACUGUAGGGAGAGUCGGGGAGGGCUGUAGCUGCUGGCGUUACUUUACUGGAGAGGGGAAACAACAUGGCUGCGGUGGAGCUCGAAUGGAUCCCAGAAACACUGUACAACACCGCGAUCUCGGCCGUGGUGGACAACUACAGCCGCUCGAGAAGGGACAUCCGCUCGCUCCCGGAAAACAUCCAGUUCGAUGUGUAUUACAAGCUUUACCAGCAGGGCCGGCUCUGCCAGCUGGGGGGGGAGUUCUGUGAGCUGGAGGUGUUUGCUAAAGUACUGCGGGCUUCAGACAAAAGACACCUCCUGCACCACUGCUUUCAAGCGCUAAUGGACCACGGUGUGAAAGUGGCCUCUGUUCUGGCAAACUCCUUCAGCCGCCGCUGCUCCUACAUCGCAGAGUCUGACGCCCACGUCAAAGAGAAGGCCGUCCAGUUUGGCUUCGUGCUUGGGGGCUUCUUGUCGGACGCAGGCUGGUAUGGAGAUGCAGAGAAAGUGUUUCUGUCGUGCCUGCAACUGUGCACGCUGCACAGUGAGGUCCUACACUGCUUCCGGGCCGUGGAAUGCUGCGUCAGGCUGCUUCAUGUCCGCAAUGGCAACUGUAAGUACCACCUGGGGGAGGAGACCUUCAAGCUCGCUCAGUCUUACAUGGACAAACUAGCCAAACAUGGCCACCUGGCCAACAAGGCAGCGCUGUACGGCGAGCUUUGUGCCUUGCUCUUCGCCAAAAGCCACUAUGACGAGGCUUACCGGUGGUGUAUAGAGGCGAUGAAGGAAAUUAGUCCAGGGCUGCCUGUCAAAGUAGUGGUUGAUGUCCUCCGGCAAGCCUCCAAGGCCUGCGUGGUCAAGAGGGAGUUCAGAAAAGCAGAGCAGCUGAUCAAACAUGCCGUGUUUCUAGCGAGAGAACAUUUUGGACACAAGCAUCCAAAGUACUCCGAUACGCUGCUAGAUUAUGGAUUUUACUUAUUAAAUGUAGACAACAUUUGCCAAUCCGUUGCUAUUUACCAGACAGCGUUGGACAUCCGACAGUCUGUGUUCGGGGGGAAGAACAUCCACGUUGCCACAGCCCAUGAAGACCUGGCCUACUCCUCGUAUGUGCACCAGUAUAGCUCUGGGAAAUUUGACAACGCUCUAUUCCAUGCGGAACGUGCCAUAGACAUCAUAACUCAUAUUCUGCCUGAGGACCAUCUGCUGCUGGCCUCCUCCAAGAGAGUCAAAGCUCUUAUUCUGGAGGAAAUCGCCAUUGACUGCCACAAUAAGGAGACAGAAGAGCGCCUUCUUCAGGAGGCUCACGAUCUUCACCUCUCCUCACUGCAGCUGGCAAAGAAGGCCUUCGGAGAGUUCAACGUCCAGACCGCCAAACACUAUGGCAACCUAGGACGACUCUACCAGUCCAUGAGGAAGUUCAAGGAGGCCGAGGAGAUGCACAUCAAAGCCAUCCAGAUCAAGGAGCAGCUUCUGGGCCACGAGGACUACGAGGUGGCCCUGUCUGUGGGUCACCUGGCCUCCCUCUACAACUACGACAUGAAUCAGUAUGAAGACGCAGAGAGGCUCUACCUGCGCUCCAUCGCUAUCGGUAAGAAGCUGUUUGGAGAGGGUUACAGUGGGCUGGAGUACGACUACCGAGGCCUGAUCAAGCUCUACAACUCGGUGGGAAACUACGAGAAGGUGUUUGAAUACCACAACGUGCUCUCCAACUGGAACCGACUGAGGGACCGGCAGUUUGCCGUGGCGGAUGCCCUGGAGGAUGUCAACACUACGCCCCAGCAGACCCAGGAGGUGGUACAAGCUUUCCUAUUGGCUCAGAGCCUAGGCCCCAUCCGCCCCUGUCUCGGCUGAUUUUAUGAGGGAAGAGAGGGGGAAGGGACACGUGGGCUAAGCCUGGUGAGGAAACGUACUAAGCCCAAAUGUCACACAGUUAUUAGAAAUGCACAGUAAAUUCAAGCAUCACCGGCGAUUUGAGUUGGCUUCACAGUCCUUGCAGAUGCCAGAACACACUGACAUACACACAGUAGAGACACCGUUAUCAAACCUCAUCCACAUUUAAAACCACGAGAUGCAGCUCCAGACUAGAUGCAGCUUCACCCCACAGAGCGGACUGUUGCAUUUCUCUGAGAGAAAGAGGACACAUGACUGAGCGAGGAGGGGGAACAACCCCCAAGCAACAAAUGAUCUCUCCUCUUCUCUCGCUCGCCAUUUUGUUUUUGGAAUCAGAGGAGAUUUCUUUUGGUUUUGCUUUUGUAUUUGAACCAGUGUAGGUCUGAAUGGCGUGAGCCGUGUCACAGAUACAAACCAUGUUUCUCCAGGGCUACGGACUCGACGGUAACUGGACCCCUAACGUCAUCUGUGAAAAACUUUGAACCCAUCAUCUCUUGAUGGAUCAGAAGGAAAAUGUCAGAUAUUUUUGACACUUGUACAGUAAAAUAAUACAGCAGAUUGUACACUUGUUUUUUUUGUUUUGUUUUUUUAUCUCUGCAAAGAAAUGAAAGUGGACCCUAAGAGAACUCCUGUUUUGAGCUGCUUGUUGGGAGAGAGAUUACAACAAGUUGAAUGUGUGGGUAUAUUGUGACACACACACACACAACCGGCUUCACAGGUCUUGUUUUCAAUAUAUAUUUCAUCUCUUUUUUUAUCCGUUUCCAGCUUAGUACCGACAAUAAUUAAAAAGCCAACAGUUUAUAUGCAAAAGAGUAUGUGGACGUAGCCCUGUGUCUAUGCUUUUCUGACCUCUGGAGCCUCCCUUUGGUAAUGUUGAGGUGUGGCUUCACGUACGAGAGAGUGUGUUGAUAGACACAGACAGACUCUGGGUGCCCAAGUGCUCCACUGAUGAUUACCAGCCUUACACCAGCUUGCAGUUAUCUGUCUGUAGACGGACCCGUACUCUUAAGUGCUAAAUAAACUAUUCUACCCAGAUGGGCACCACA